GUCAAUUAUUUAUUUUAGUGCUUUCCUCUAACCUCAAUCUCGCAUGUAAUUCUGAGUAAAUAAAAUAUUUAAAAUGCUGAACAGUAGUAUCUCAAGUACAUUAAAGAAUAAGUUGGUUACUGACGAUUUGGAAGAUAUACAUGAUGAGGAAAGGCAAAAGAUUCGAGCGGAAUUAUCCAACAUGAGUUUCUUAGAAUUACAGAAGCUCAAGGAAGAAAUGGGCUCUAAAUUAUACAACAAAGCAGUUUUUGGUACAACAAAGAAAAUUAAAAAAACUAAGACAGACUUCAAAAGAGAAAAUAAAAAUCGACCACGUGAAAUGUCAGCAAAGAAACAAGUUCCUUUGUUACGAGAUUUGCCAAAUGUUAAAAAAAUUGAACACAGAGAUCCUAGAUUUGAUGAACGAGCCGGAGAAUUCAAUGAGAAAGCAUUCAAAAACAGUUACAGCUUUAUUGAGGAAAUUCGACAGAAAGAAUUAGAUCAGCUAAAAAAGGAUUAUAAGAAUACUCAUGACCCUGAUGAAGCUGAAAAGAUGAAAUUUUUGAUUACGAGAAUGGAAAAUCAAAUCCGUGAAAAAAAGAAAAUUGAAGAGAAGAAAGAAAAGGAAUUAAUGGAGAAAAUGGAACGAUUGGAACAAAUCAAAGAAGGAAAAACUCCUGUUUAUAGGAAAAAAUCUGAAAAGAGGAUAUUGGACCUUGUUGAUAAAUAUGAAAAGCUGAAGCAGUCAGGUGGACUGACUAAGAACAUCAUGAAACGAGAAAAGAAGAAAGCACAGAAGGACCGUAAAGCAGGAAAACAUUAAUUGAAUUGGUUUUAUA